GCUGGUACAGGCUGGCGUAUUUUUUCCUGACACCUUUAAUGUCAUUGCUUUCGAUACCUAUUGAUUUAAUUUCCAUUUAGAAAGGGAAAUAUUUUACAUAAAUUAUCAUGGCUCAAGAGGAGGAAGAAGAGGAUUUAGUAUUCAACGUUGAGGAUGUACAGAAAAUAGUGAGAGAUAACAUAGAGUUGUGCUUGGGCGGUAACGCGUACAGCCACUCACGAUGCCCACAUUGGAUAAGCAUAAUCACCGACAAAACGCUUGCAAGAUUAAACAAGCUAAAUAAGCCUUUUAAAUAUAUAGUUAGAAUUACCAUAACUCAAAAGAACGGGGCGGGCUUACACACAGCGGCGGCUUACUACUGGGACACGGCUACAGAUGGCGCUUGCACCGUCCGCUGGGAAAACAAGUACAUGUAUUGCAUCGUUAAUAUAUGGGGUCUCGCUAUUCAGAUUUAAUUUUAAUUAAAUAUUUAUUUUAAUUCA